AUGGCGCCAGCAGAUCAUUUGCCCCUCCAUCGGGCUUUCCCAUGGCAGCCCUUUCGUCUUGAUGCCUUGGGUCUGGUCACUCUUCUGGGAGCGGAAGAAGUAAGUCGCGCCAUCGGAGGUCUCCAGCACAGCACCAUCACAGAGUACCUACCUCUGAUGGGUGCUUAUCUGAUCGCGGCCAAUCGAUUUACGGAUCCUCUCCCUGGGUACAAGGCAUACAACAUCACCGAUGGUAUUAUUCCUCCAGCAUUGAACGGAGCCUUUACCCGCUGGCUUGAUAAUCACAUAUAUUCAAGCUCUCGACGUGACUCCAGCAUUACGACUAUUACUUGGACAUUGGCACCUGAACAAGACCUCGCCACGUCAUGGCGCCGACGGUGCCCACCAUUGAUGAUCAGCAUCUUACUCAACUCCAUAUUAUUGGUCAUCUGUAUCUUAUUAGCAGAUUGGUACGGCAUUGCCAACACAGUGGGUAUGAUUUUGUCCGUGGUGGUCAGAUGGUUUCUACUACGUCAGAACCGACUGAAGCUCAAGGAGUAUGCAGAGAAAGCGCGCGAGAAAUUUAACGCGCAAAAUCCAAACCCAGAGGAUCUCCAAGAGAAGAUACUUCUUGUCGAGCCGCCUAGCAGCACGAAACUCAUUGUGAACAAGUUUCCCAAGGCCCUCCUUUUCUGCUUCAUUUUCCCAUUAGCAAGCUCCCACCAGCAAAGCUACAGGUUCGCGCGACUUGUAGGCUGGCUCGCAUUUUCGAUCCAUGUCAUUUGCAUAGGCCAAUCAAGCCUGAUUGCACAACUAAUGUCCGUCGGGCUCCUCAUUGCCGGUACUGUCGGAGCUAUCUUUCGAAUGGGAUGCGACGAAAGUGAGUUUGGGGGGCUCCUCAAGGCCACAUCUACCUCAUCGCCACCGGAGCAACAGCGACGAGACUGUUUCGCGGAACUAGACCCAACACCUGAUGAGGAGAGAGCUCUGGAAGCCUGGUUCCUUCUCCCCCUGAGGGGGGUGAGUGCAACAAAUACAUUUUACACGGCAUACGAGAAAAAAAAGCCAGCUCAUCCAGCCGCAAUUAUUCAACAAGCAGCUUCAAAAACGCAAUGA